AUGGGGCGUGAGCGGGACUUGCCGCAUCCCAGUCACGUGAUGAAUAAAUCUUGGCAGAGAUCGGGGCUUGCACACAACAAUUUUCCCAGCCUGCGACCCGACAACGACAUCAAAUCCACAAACGCUCCUCACGAACCUCGACAUCGACAAUUUCACUUACUAGCCAAGAUGUCGACCAACGCCAAAGUCAAACCCGGCCAGCUCUGGGGCAAGUCCAAGGACGACCUGAAGAAACAACUCGAUGAGCUCAAGACCGAGCUGGGUCAAUUGCGCGUGCAGAAGAUCGCCGGCGGUGCUUCAUCAAAAUUGACAAGAAUACAUGACCUCCGCAAAUCCAUCGCCCGCGUCCUGACCGUCAUCAACGCAAACCAGCGCCACCAACUCCGUCUGUUCUACGCGAAGAAGAAGUACCUGCCCCUCGAUCUGCGACCAAAGCUCACCCGCGCCAUUCGUCGUCAGCUGUCGAAAAAGGAUGCCAGCCGGGUCACAGAGAAGCAGAAGAAGAAACAGACACACUUCCCUGUAAGGAAGUAUGCUGUCAAGGCGGAGUAAGGCGUCGGCAAGAGGAGAGUGCGUCCAAGCGCUGGGUUGAAAAUGACCACCGGGGAAGUAAAUCGCUUGGGAAGUAAGUGAUGGUGGUUUGUGGUGCGAAGAUUUUGCGAAGGGGAGGAAGUUUCUAAGCUCGAGGUCAUGAGCUUCAUCUUCAGCAGUCUAUGGAUGUAAGACACAACAAAAUGGCAGGUAUGGCCUGUGUCAUGCGGCGCCGCGAGGACAAUGAGAAAACACGAACCCAAUGUUUAUUGAAGACGGUUACAAAGCACUUCGAUACGGCGUCAUUGGUGUCCGACCGAGCACGUCGGGCCGCGCAACUCUUCAAAAGUUUGCACUGCAAACUUUUGCGCUUCAUUUGUGAACCGAAUCCCAAGGCUUUAGCACCCAACUUCCAUCGCAUACACAUCUCAUGAGUAGCAUAGCAACCUGCCGAGGCCACUCCUUAGGUGGCACAUUGACGUCCUCACUAUAGCUCCCACAUCUCAAGCAUUUCCUGAUCAUCA